CUGUUGGGGUCUGCGCAGCCUGGAGUCAGCUCUGGCCAGCUCUUCCGGAAAGCCCUCCUUGCCUGCCCCAGGCCCCAUGGAGCCUCCCGCACCCCUGCCCGUGAAGCAGGAGGAGCCGGCCCCCGAGGGUCUGGGCCCGGGCGCAGAGACGCAGGACUCGCCGGCCCUGGACGCCCCGAGCCCGGACUCGCCCUGGCUCCGCUUCCGCCACUUCCAGCUGGGUGCGGCGCCGGGGCCCCGCGAGGCGCUGGGGCUGCUGCGGGCGUUGUGCCGCGCCUGGCUGCGGCCCGAGGUGCGCACCAAGGAGCAGAUGCUGGAGCUGCUGGUGCUGGAGCGCUUCCUGAGCGCCCUCCCCGCCGGCGCCCGCGCCUGGGUGUGCAGCCGGCGGCCUCGCAGCGGGGACGAGGCGGUGGCCUUGCUGGAGGAGCUCUGGGACAGCCAAACCCCUCUGCAAAACCAGCCACGCCAGAAAAGGACAACCCAAGAAGAGCAGCUGGACCCACCCCCUCCCCAGGCUGGUCGUCCGCCACAAGGCCGCCUCAGGACGUGGCGGAGGGCGCCGGGCUCAGUGUUGGAAAGGAAGAUAGCGGGGCCGCUCCCUUCGGCGUUGUGGGCCCUGGAGUGGAGGUGCCGGCGACGGGAGACGCCCGGGCCGCGUGGCUGCCCAAGCAGGAGCCCGACAGCCCGCCGCCCGCUGCCCCGGGCACCCCCGGGGUCCCCUGCCCCGAGUGCGG